AUGGUCGACUCUGAGCGCCUACAAAGCAAAAUCAAGGCUCAAAAGAAGAAAAUAGAUGCUCAGGAAGCCGAAAAUGCUCGACUUAAAACAGCCCUUCUAAGCGCUCUUCUCGCGCAGAAAGGGAAAUCUACAAAGGAAGAGGAUGUACUUCUAGCUAUGGACCCGGACGCAGGCGACGAGGACGUUUCCACUCGGGAUGACCGAGACACUGAUGAGUAUGAUGAUGGAGAAACGGAUGAGGAGGAUGAGCUACAAGAGCCGAUUGACGAUGCGGGCGUUCCUAGAUGUGUGAGGUGUGCUGGGGAGGUCGUUGAAGGGCUUGUCAUUUCUGUGCGACUGAGCAUGUAUGGGUGCCGGUCAGUAGUUGAAUUAUACGAAGAAUCGAAUGCCACAGACUCUCAUGCUGUAGCUCUCGACCGCAGCUUAGUCCCUAGGGGUGAUACUCCCCUCUGCGACGCCAUCAGGUUCAAGAAAACCCCACAUGGGUAUUCCAAGGCCGACUUUACUCACCUCCUCAAAAGGGGCGCUACGCGACUCAUGGUCGAGACUUUCAGUCUAGAAUUCACACCUGAAGAUGGGAUAUUCGCAUGGGCAGACCAGGAACUCUUUGAUGAGUUUUCCGGGCCCGCGAUGAAGGUGGGGCAUAAGUGGAGAAUCCACCUUGGACGGAAGAUUAUGCUUGAUGAAGAUGAUUUGGAUGGGUCGGAGUUUGUUGAGGGGCUUUUGGAGGAUGCGUUGCUUUUUCCUGUGGAUUUUGCGCGUUGGGAGACUAUGCAGGAGGUUACGGGGAUUUGGACUACGAGGAUGGGGAAGGGGGAUGCGGAGAGGUUGAAGGAGCCUUUGACGUUUGAGGAAGAGGACGAGGAAGGGGCAGAGGGGGUAGAAGGGGUUGGUGAAGAGGGUGAGGGUGAUAGGGAGGGUGAGCAAGAUACCGAAAGACCUAUUGUGGAUCUUGACUAUUAUGAGGCGACGGACGUAGAGUCCGAUGACUCUGAGGAGUUUGAGGAUGAGACCCUUGCUAUGGUUUUGGACGUCGACUCGGGCUGGGCGAUCAGAGCCGGUGUUGAUGAUGCGAGCUGGUCGGAUGCCGAGAUGGAUGAAGAAGAAGACGAAGAGGAUGAGGAGGACACUGUCAGUGAUCCCUGCGAAGAUGACUCAAUGGACGACGGCUCGGAUAUGGUGGAAGCGGUGGGGACUCGACGAAUUCGCAUUUAG